AAGAAGGAGCACAAACAUUAUCGUAGAAUGCAACGCCUGCGUACGACUUUCACGCGCUCGCGCACACCCACCGGCGCCGAGAUGAAAACCCAAAAUAGCCUCGAAGUGCCGAAACAGGUGCGUUCCGCCUCGUUCGACGAAAUGCAAUUAGAGGCGCAGCGAGUCUCGUCCCACCUACUUAAGCAGCAAUCAUCGUCAUCGGCAGAUGAACGUUCUCUGGACACCGGCCUGCUGCAAGUGCCACAGGCCAUGCACACACAACGCUCACAUUCAUUCGACUCGGCGGCGGCUUCAGCGGGCAGCGAUGAUUCGGGCACGUUCCUGGAAGUGCCGCGGCGUGGCAAAGCGCGUCGUAGCUCGUCCACGAAGACACCACCGCCUUGCAUACACUGCUUGUAUCUGGAGGAAUACUUGAAACAGCAGCAGGCGGAACAGCGCUAUAUCGCCACUGAUCGGCGGGAGUCGAGUUCACUCACUUACGGCUAUAGCAGUUCCGACGAUGACACCGACAACGAUGGUGCGAGCGUCCCAGCCGACGAUGAUGUGGUGGAGGAAGGUGAGGAAGAGGAUGAGGAGGAUGACGCAGCCACGGGCGAUGGCAACGAAAUAGGUGGUGGCUCGUAUGAAUAUGAUGAUGCAGCUUUGGAAAUGGACAUCCGACUGGGCGGACUCAGCACCGGCAGCAGCAUUGAGGAGUCACGUGCCCGUCUGCCACGUCAAAUGCGUCGCCACACCAUCGGCAGCUCAGUGACUACUUCAGAAGAUGAGGGCCUCGAUGAAUCCGAACAUGAUUCCCCGCACUUCGGUAAUACGCUGCUGCCACCAUUGCCAACAACGCCAUGCGGCAUCACAUUCACACUAUCGCCCACGAACGGCGAUUGUCCGCCCUUUCCGUAUGCCUUUCCCAUCGAUCCCGGUUCACCACCACCCUCACCAUGCAUUGCACUCUCCGUUUGCGACAGUCCAAUGAUGGAAUUGCCGCCACCACCGCCCAUAUCGCCGCUAGAACUGUUACCCCAUCCGCCCACUUUCGAUUUGCCGCUGCCACCACCACCGGGCUUUAGCAGCGGCUUAAGCGCAGCCGAUGCGGAUGAUGCGGCCGCGGCGGUGCCACCUUCGCCGACCACCAUGCGACCGCGACGGCGUUCCAUUUCGCGUCAGGAAGCCAUUUUUGUGGAACCAACAGGCAAUUCGUUGGAAAAUGUGUCACAAGGUGAGGAUGUGAAAUCAUCGGUGGAGGCGGUGGAUUCGGUGGAUGAGGCGUCUACAGUAGCUACAUGUGGUUCGCCGACAGCAGCCAAACAUGAGCUGGUCGUACGUGAUAUUUAUCUAACUGUACCUGAUUUGAAGCGCGAUCGCGCCGCCUCCGUGGAUUCGUGCUUCUCGAAAAUGUCUUCGGCCGGCAAGACAGAGGAACUGCAGCCCAGCGAGGACGGUUGUUUCCUCACCGUACCGAACAUAAAUGCAACUCGCUCGCGCUCCGUUGACAUUGUGCUGCCGACGGAUGAACAGGCACGCUAUAAAGCGCUCGCCAUGACAGGCGCAUGCAGAGACGG